AUGAUUCCGAGUAGCAGGACGUGGCGCCCCAGUUAUGCUACGGCAGGCUCGCUCAAGCGCAUGGUGGUGCCAAGCACCGCUGCUCGGACUCCCAAACCUAUUCCGCGCAUGGCUGUGCCGGCUCGUCCUCUUCAUUCGGCACAAACACCAACACCAACGCCCACGGCGUCGACUGCGCCACCUGAGCCUAAGCCGAUAAAAAUCGUCACUUCCUAUGCAUUUGCUGCCAAGCCACGCGAUUCAGAAAUGGAAGAAGAAGACAUGGAUACGGGAAAUACGGACCGUUUGAAAAAAUCUCGUCCACGCAUCCUACGCGGCGGUAUUUUACCUAACAGUGACCUGGAAAAGUGGCGAUACUCAAUGUUGAAUGGAGGCGAUGCUGGUGAAGAUGCUCUUAUGGUGUCAAAGUCUCCAGAUCAGUCUGUGGUGCUUUUAGGCGUCGCAGAUGGCGUUGGCGGCUGGAGUGAGUCGGGUAUUGACCCAUCGCAUUACUCCAACGCCCUCUUAUACUCGGCGAUGAAGUUUGCUGAGGCCCACACAACCUACCCUUUCCCCAAAGCUGUCUUGCAGCACGCAUUUGAACAAGUGUCGAAGAAUCCCGAUAUCCAAGCCGGCAGUUCUACGGCUUGUCUUCUUCGUCUCGAUGCUGUGCAUGGCAAACUAUCGGGUGUCAACUUGGGCGACUCGGGCUAUGUGCACUUGCGGCCUGACCCAAUGAGCCCAGAGGGUCGGAUGUUAGUAAUUAACAGGUCAUCGCCUCAGCUGCACGGAUUCAAUUGCCCUUACCAGCUGGCCAAGGUGCCGUCCAGUAUGAUGCAGUCUGGCUCGCUGACCAAUUAUCCUGACGAGGCGGCUGUGCAUGAAUUUGAUCUACAACGAGGUGACAUUGUGCUCGUGAUGACGGAUGGGUUCCUAGACAAUGUACAUUGCCAGCUCCCGCCUAAUGAAGCACUUACACCGGAUGCGCCACGGCGCCCAGAACUCUUGCAGCUCAUUGACAUGUUGCAGGAUAAGCAUCGUGAGCACUGGGCCAAGACAAAGAAACCAGGUGCGACGCUUGCGGAUGAAAAGCAGGACUUUGCUAAUAUUAUGGCUUCUACACUCAUGCAAUACGCACGAUUGUGUCAAAUGACGGAGGAAAAAGUAAGUCCGUUCCAGCUGGAUGCUGCUCAGCACGGCAUUCAUUACCCAGGUGGGAAAAUAGAUGAUAUCGCGCUGAUUUGCGCCGCUGCUGUGUAA